AUGAACCAAUUUAGACUUUUAGCGAGAAACUUUUCCAGUUCUUCAGCAUUACAAAGCACUGUAAAAAAUGUUACCGUUAUCGGAGGAGGUUUAAUGGGAUCAGGAAUUGCCCAGGUAGCAGCUCAAGCUGGUCAAAACGUGACUCUAGUUGACGUCAGCUCAGAUGUCUUAGCUAAAGCCCAGAAGUCCAUCGGCAACAAUCUGAACAGAGUCGCCAAGAAGGUGUACAAAGACAAGCCACAAGAGGGAGAGAAGUUUGUCUCCGAGGCCUUGGCGAGGAUCAAGACUGCCACUGACCCUGUCAGCGCAGCGGCUGCUGCAGACCUGGUGGUGGAGGCAAUUGUGGAGAAUAUUGGUGUCAAACAUCAGCUCUUUAAGAAGCUUGAUGAGGCGGCCCCAGCCCAUACCAUUUUAGCGUCUAACACCUCAUCCCUUUCCAUCAAUGAUAUUGCAUCUGUCGUGAAGAGAAAGGACAAGUUUGGUGGUCUCCAUUUCUUCAAUCCCGUACCAGUAAUGCGUCUUCUAGAGGUGGUCCGAGGAGCCGAGACCUCUGAUGCUACUUAUAAAACAAUGAUGGAGUGGGGCAAGAAUGUGGGCAAGACCUGCAUCACCUGCAAGGACACCCCCGGCUUUGUGGUCAACAGGCUGCUUGUGCCGUACAUUGCUGAAGCUGUUAGACUGUUUGAGAGAGGCGAUGCGUCUGCCCGUGACAUCGACAUUGCAAUGAAACUGGGAGCUGGAUACCCAAUGGGUCCCAUGGAACUGGCUGACUAUGUUGGCCUGGACACCACAAAGUUCAUCCUUGAUGGAUGGCACAAGAAAUACCCCCAGGAAACUCUAUUCAACCCUAUUCCAAUGGUUGACAAGUUGGUAUCCGAAGGAAAACUAGGGGUCAAGUCCGGUGAAGGAUUUUACAAAUACGAGAAGAAAUAAGUUUACUUGUGAAUAAAGUUCUCCAGUCAUAUAGUUGGGCAACGAAUUUUUCAAUUUCGAAUCGAUUUUCGAAUCCCACACCUUUUCAAAUAAAAGGCCGCCAAGUAGCAUUGCUGUCCGGUCUGCAGGUCAAAGGCAAAUGUAGGUUUAUCAGUUAUCACCUACGGCGAGACGAUUCGGCGGUUUAUGGCGAAGUGUUGGUCUAAGCGAUGGUCCCCUUUUACUCUUAGGCUCUUCUUGGCCCGGCAAUCGCUAUUACAUUAAUUAGAAAAAAGUAAUUCUAAAAGAAAGUAACGGGGUAAUAAUAAAUACCAUUGCCAUUUAAAACGAAUUUAACUCAUAUAGCAAGAUCGUGGGAUACUUUUAGCGAAGCCCACUACUUUGCUUUGAGUAAACAGAUUCGUUGCCCAACUUUAUGUUUAACUUUAUUACUGUUAAUCAUUUAUAUUUUUGUGUAAUGUGGAUUUUAUACCUGGUUGCUGUUAGGAUUUUAUUGUAUUAAGUAAAAAUGUAUUGCAAACAAUAUUUUCUUAUAUACACAUUAAAGUAUUUACAUUAUUA